UCUAUCUUAGCAUCGGAAUUACUCGGGGUGGACUGUCAAUCUUAGAUCAACUGCCUGCGUGCGUCCCGACUAUCAUCCUACAGUCUCCUACAGUAAGCAUAUGCUGAUCAGCAUUAUUUCUAUUGAUUCGCCACCAACGGCCAUCCUCACGAAAAUGCACGGAAUUGAGAGCCCCGAUUGUGAUGAUCUGGAAUAAGCAGUCGGAUGACAGACAUUAAAACCACGCAUUAAAAGUAAAAACAAACAUAAAACAUAACAUCACAUCACAUCACAUCACAUGUAAUCAUUUCGGAUUUAUACUCCUCGAGCUCGCUGAUUGGCCCGUCCUUGCGGCGCGGAAGAACCCCGCAAUAUGAGCGCCCUCAAUCUUGUCGAUCAACCACACAGAGCUCGUGCUCGUCCUGACAACACUGAACACUACCAACAUCAACCCGCGGCAUGGCUGAUGUAGAAGCCCCAUUAGAGCCGCGAGCUCGACAUAUCACAUACUGCGGCGUAUGCACAUUACCGCCCGAGUACUGCGAAUUCGGCGGGACGUCGAAGAAAUGCGAAGAAUGGCUGGAAAAGAGUCAUCCGGAUUUACACGAGCGGCUAUACUCUGAGGAAGCACUAAACGCCAAUCUCUCCACGCUCUCCGUCAGCGCGCGCGAGCGCGCGGCCAAAGACGCCGCAAAGAAAGAAGCCAAAGCAGCGCUGGCCGAGACACGCGACGCCGAACGCAAAGCAGCCGCAAAAGUGCAGAUCAAGCGUGUAGAGCGAAACAAACGGAAAUUCGUGACGGUGUUGGCAGGGCUCGAGGCACAUGGGCUGGAUCUGAAGAAGGUGGCGAAGGAACUAGGCAAGAAAUUCGCGACGGGCUCGUCCGUGACCAAGUCGGCGGCCGGCACGGAGGAGAUUACGGUGCAGGGCGAUGUCAGUGAUGAUUUGUUUGAUUGGCUGGUCGACGUGCAUGGAAAGGAGGUGCCGGAGGAUAAUAUUGAGAUGAUUGAGGAUAAGAAGAAGAAGGCUGCUACUUGA